CGUGAUAAUCACAUCAUCAAAAAGCAUAAAAUGACCAAACAUCAAGUGGCAAAGGUUUCUGGAAAAUUCGUUGCUAUUACCGGAAGUUUACUCCUUGAAGCUAAUGGAAAGUUAAUUUUGCUUCGCAUAUCUAAUGAAUUUGUUGAAUGCUGGUCGGAUCCAAAAGCUGAAAACAUCAACUCUAUAGCCUAUUCUUUUAAAGAUAAUUUUAUUGCUACUAUUUUAGACAAAAAUAUGUAUAUACUGACUGAGGCUUUGGAUUUCAUGACAUUCAAAAUUGAUCAAGAUGGAGAGCUCAAAAUUAUUAAACUUAAACGAUUAAAAGAACAGUUAGAUUUCGAUGAUUUAUUUCUAACUUCAGGCCAGGCCCAUGAUAAAGUUUUUUUGGUUGACAAGUCAACAGGAAACGUCUAUCGUUUCAAUAUCACAACUCAACGAUGGAGCCAAAUUGGUCUACUGGUAAAUUAUAACUGCUGUAAAACUGAUCGCAAAAGAAGUCUAGUAGCUGUUAACAUUUACCUCAGCUUUUUUUAUCAAUAA